ACAAACCGCCUACUACAAACCCGGAAGUGUCCUGCACAUUAGCCUGAAUCCUACUAGCUUUUUGCACUUUGAGCAGUAAUUGAAGAAAGUCGGUGUAAGCUCAGAGUGAAAGCAGAGGUGAAAGCAUGUCGUUCAGCGGAGAAGCUAUGUUUCGGGCCGUGGAGGCGCCUCUGUUCUGGCUCGGUGCUCUGACCGCGGCCUGGCUGUCCGUGUGCACCGUGUGCCGGUUGUUGUCCGGUUUCAGGGUGUGGGUGCUGGGCAAUGGUCGGCUCAUAUCCCCCAACAGUCUGGGAAAGUGGGCAGUUGUGACUGGAGCCACCGAUGGUAUUGGGAAGGCAUACGCUGAGGAGCUUGCUCGCAGAGGCUUUUCAAUAGUUCUGAUCAGUCGCUCUCUGGAGAAGCUUGAUGAUGUGUCCAAGGCAAUCGCCAGCAAAUGUGGUGUUGAGACUAAAACGAUUGCAGCAGACUUCAGUUCUGCAGAAAUCUACUCAAAGAUUGAAGACGGACUUGCUGGACUGGAAAUCGGAGUGUUGGUAAAUAAUGUUGGGAUAUCAUAUACCUACCCGGAGUUCUACCUCAAUGUUCCCAAUCUUGACACUUUCAUCGACACAAUGGUCAACAUUAACAUAACAUCAGUGUGUCAGAUGACACGUCUUGUUUUACCCCAAAUGGUUGAAAGGAAGAAGGGGGCCAUCCUCAACAUCUCAUCUGCCAGUGGGAUGUUCCCUGUUCCUCUCCUCACCAUCUAUUCUGCCUCCAAGGCAUUUGUGGACUUCUUCUCGCGGGGACUGCAAGCUGAAUACAAGAGCAAAGGGAUCAUCAUUCAGAGUGUGUUGCCAUUUUUCGUUGCAACCAAGCUGAGUAAAAUCCGACGAGCCACGCUGGACAAGCCCAAUCCAGAGCGAUACGUUGCAGCUGAGCUCAACACCGUGGGACUGCAGACCCAGACUUAUGGCUACCUGCCUCAUGCCAUAAUGGGUUGGGUGACUACAGCUCUGCUCCCAGCCAAGAUACUCAACAGCCACCUGAUGGGGAUGGGCCUGUCCCAGCGUGCUCGUUACCUCAAGAAACAGAAGCAGGGAUAGAUGGAUCUGGAUGUGAGUGCCGGGAGCCACAGCGAUAGACAGAGGGGACCAGCUGUGUUAAUGACGUGUCCAACUACCAUCAUCAUCAAGGACCAAGCAAAGAAAAAGUGACAAUUUCUGGGCAACAUCUCAGUUUUCCUCCUCCUGAAAGUGAUGGAUGAUGUGAGCUAGUCUUUUCAGCACAUUGCAUGUGCUCAAUCCAAACAUUUGUGUAAACACUAUUGGACCAAUUUGUGUUUUUUGUUAAGUACACAGCUUUAAUUAAACAUGAAAACUAGAACUAACUCCCCAAAAUGACCAUCUGUUGCAACAAAAAUAGGGAGGUCAUAAAACAUUCAAAAAGGAGAGAGGAAGUUGCAUGUGUGAGGAUGUGGCCCCUGUGGGUUUAGCUCACUGCUGUUUGAUGAAACGACGAAGGUGGAAAAACUGGUGAUCAGAAGUCAGUUGUGGGUAACAAACUAACCUGUAGUUUCCUUUUGUUUUUUUUUUAAUUUAAAGUCAAGUUUUACAGCAAAAGGAUUUAAACUUCUAAAACUCUGACCUCAAUUUCAAUUGAUUACAUUUUCAAGCAUUGGUGAAAGAAUCACAUUUACAAUUAACUAACAUGUCACACACACACACACACACACACACACACACACACACACACACACACACACACACACACACACACACACACACACACACACAAAAUAGUGGCAGUCUGUUCUUAACCAGCACUAGUAGUAAUUACAAAUUAAAAACAGUUCUGAUACAUUAUUUGUCUGAGCAGUAGCAAGGUUUCUGAUCUUUAAAUAUAGAUUUGGUUCUGAUUAUGUUUGUUUUUCUGUUAUUCAUCAUAAAGCCAGCUUGCGAGUUAUGAAACCAAAAUAACAAAAUGACUCACUCUAGUUUGUUCUGUUCUGUCAUGUCUUUGUAGACUUUGUGCUACAUGUAAUCUCUUUGGACCUGGUGUCAUAUCUGCUUUGUUUUAACUUGGUUUUUGGUAUUCAUUUACGACGUCUUGGUACUUCAUAUUUUACAAUUAAAAAUUGCACUACCAGGGAUUGACCUCAUUGUUGUCAUCUUUUCAUCCUCAUGUUGUUUGAAGUAACCAUGACGAUUACCACCUUUCACGUUGCCCCCUGCCAUCAAUAAAUUUGCCUUCCAAACCA